CACACCUCCACAAAGGGAUGAUUAAGUACCACAGCAUCUCCUUCAAACUGGAAACUGCAUUGAUGAGAGCUCACCUGCCCCGUCGCCCCUGAGCAAAGAGAUGACUUGCACAACGCUCCAGAAAAAGUGGACUUUUUUGUGGACCAUCUUUCUCAGCCUGGCUUGUUUGUUCCUUUUUUUUGUUUUUUGGAAAACCGCCACUGACAUAAGUUUGCCCUCUCAAUUCCAUAUCCCGGAUCAGUUUUCUGCUGACCUGCCGGCCUGUUUAGCCAUCAUCGCUGGAGAUGUAGGGGGUACCAAGGCUGAAGUAGAAAAGCUUCUAGCAUCCAGAAGUAGAAAAAAAACUUUUUCUGAGGAUUUCUACAUUAAUGCAACAGAGGAUUGUGCAGCUUACAUUGAGAAUAGAGAUUUUGUUACAGUGCCUUUAAGUGAGGAGGAGCUACAUUUUCCCAUUGCAUACUCCAUAGUGGUACACGAGAAGAUUGAGAUGUUUGAACGACUCCUACGAUCUAUUUAUGCUCCACAGAACAUCUACUGUGUCCAUAUUGACCUGAAGUCUUCCCCGUCUUUUCACAAGGCUGUGAAGAAAAUAGUUUCCUGCUUUCCCAAUGUUUUUGUUGCCAGUAAAUUAGAAAGUGUUGUGUAUGCUUCAUGGUACAGAGUACAGGCAGAUCUGAACUGCAUGAAAGAUCUGCUGCACACUGAAGUUCAGUGGAGAUACCUUUUGAAUACCUGUGGGACAGACUUUCCCAUCAAAACCAACAGAGAGAUGGUGAAGGUUCUGAAAGUCCUCAAUGGGAGGAACAGCAUGGAAACUGAAGCCACCAGUGCCUCCAAGAAAGGUCGCUGGCAGUACCACCACAAUGUCACCGACAGGGUCAUUAGAACAGAAGUGAGAAAAAGCCCACCACCCAUCAGCAGCCCAAUGUUCUCAGGAAACGCCUACUUUGUGGUCUCAAGGGCCUUUGUGAAAUAUGUGAUGCAGAGCAGAGCGAUUCAGAAAUUCAUGGAGUGGGAAAAAGACACAUACAGUCCAGAUGAGCACAUGUGGGCCACCCUGCAGAGGAUGUCCUCGGUUCCUGGAUCAAUGCCCUCAAACAGCAAAUAUGACACGACGGACAUGAUGGCUCUCGCCCGAGCUGUCAAGUGGUCUUAUUUAACAGGAGACAUGAACAAAGGAGCUCCGUACCAUCCAUGUACGGGGACCUACAGGAGAGCUGUGUGUGUGUACGGCGCCGGCGACCUCCAGUGGCUCCUGAAACAGCAACACUUCUUUGCAAAUAAGUUUGACCCAGAAAUUGAUAACAUUUCCAUCAGGUGUUUGGAGUCAAUUCUGCGUUUCAAAGCUUUGGAUCAAGACCGCCUGGACUCUCAGCAAUAUCCUUAUCUCUCGUAGUAUAGUUUUUUUUCUUUUCAAAUGGAGCAGGUAAUUUUUGAGAAGCUUAUCUUAUUGCAGUAGAACAUCUGACAGGUAUAAGCUGGUUUAGGAUUCUCACAGGGCGAUGACCCCCCCGAGUAAACAUACAAGGUCUGUAUUAUCAGUGAAAUGUCAAAAAUAUAAAGUAUACCUAUUUUAUAGUCAUUUUAAAUUACUGUUAAAAUAAAACAACAUUUUAUUACAGUUGUAAUGUUAUCUGUAAUGUAACAUGAAAAUUUGUCUUUCGUGUAGGCAAAUAAAAUGCAAUUGCUUCCUGCUGCUAGCUUACUAGCAGUGCACUUUUUUUAACUUUAAUUAUUGUGUCAGAAUGGUAUUCUGUUUCUUAUACAAUGUUCUAAAUCUUUGAUUUCAAUAUGUACUGGAUUUAAAGCUGAUUCAAUAAGCUAGCAUUUGCUCACUCUUGCCUGCAAGCUGGGCACAAGAAGGUAACCACACCAUUGUCUUCUUUCUUUAUAUAUUAAUCAUAAUUGGGGCUUGGACAGAUUGUUAGCAAGUUAAAAUCUGUUUUAGGAAAAACCCUAUUAUAACCUUUAUGAGCUAAAAGUGGAUAAUGUACGAUCAACACGGUCUCUGAUUGCUUCUUGACUACUUCAAGAAGAAACUGGUUGAAUGUAAUAAGUUGACAGAAUAAGCAUUAAACAAACAAGUGUACAUAUGAAAGACAUUACUGAGUAAAAUGUAACACCUUUUAUGACAAAUGUGCUUCUCGACUUUCCACAAACCCUUUAUACAUUGAUAUUUAAGCUAAUUUGUUUCAGGUUCUCUUUCCAACAACCAGAAAGCCCAUUCCAGUGAGGGGCAACAAAAUAAAACUUUAUUUUCCCCAGGUGAAAUUUUAACAGAACAUCAGCAAUGAACAGUGGAAAAGGUGCUGCCAACACUUUACAUAAAAUGCCACUCUGUGAGUUUGACACCUAUAAAUUGCAGUUUAAAAAUCAGUUCAUAAAAAUAUAUUAAAUUUCUCUCCUUUAACACCUUGUAUAUAAAUAUAUAUUUCAAUGUAACAAAGCAGAACAUGCAGCAACCACUUGUAACAAAGUGUUAAAUAGUGAGGAUUUAACUAAGAAACCGAAAACAGGCUUGACUUAACAUAGGGGACUAAAUAAAAGCAAAAUACAAUAUUUCGAACAGCAAAUGUGGGCAAAGUUAUAAGGGUUAGGUUGUUUGGUAAACAAGAAAAAAAUACAGCAAAGUGUCUGAAAA